AUAACCUCAAAUAUAUGCCUUACGUUAUAUUUACGAUCUGCGAGUUUCAAAUUUACGAGAAAAGCAACGCAAAGGAACGAAAUAUUACCAGUUCGCCGCGAAUUCUAGUAUCGUAGCUUUACUAAAUAUUUUUUACGAUAUAGAGUAGAAAAAAUUAAAAAUCAACACAUUAUCAAUGAAUACAUGAAUACCAUCAAACAGUCAAGUUAAAGUGAAGUAUAGUUAGAAAUAAUCUCUGCUACAGUGAACUCCAUAAAUCAUGUUGAUGAACAGGUUAUGUUCUACUGUAGCAAAUUUGCGUAAAAUCAACGGGUCUACUUCUGUAUUGUUGCAAAGAACUAUCAAUACUAAAUCAAUUGAUGAUGAUUCCGAUGAUAAGCCAAUCGCAUUCUCAACAACAGAGGCAGCAGUCUGGAAAGCACAACACAGUCGUGUGCCACCAAAUGAGCGAGUGUGGUAUACACCUUAUGUGGUUUCAGGAAGCAUUGCAACAUUCAUGUUAUACUUUUGCAUAUUAAGAGAGGAAAAUGAUAUUGAUGAAAUUAUUUAUCGACCUCUACCAGAAACAUUGCAAGGUAUCGAAAAAGUUUUCCCAGAGAUGGAUUUCAAUACAAAACCUGAUUAUGUCUUAUAUCAUGAAAAGAGAAAGCAAAAUAUAAACACAACAAAAUAAAAAUAGAGGAUAUUCAACCUGAAUUGCUGCAACAAAAAAGCAAAUAAUUAAUAAAUGAAUAAAUAAUAUUCCUUGUAGAAAAGUUAUUAUUGCAUAUUAUCAUUGAAUAACUUAUUGCUUUAAGUUGUAAUUGAUUCAGUAGUUUCUUAGAAAAUGUUUAUUAAGAUACUGUCAAAUUUGUAAACAUUAUAUUUGAAAAUAGUGUAAAUAAAUAUUCUG